AUGGACAAUCUCCCUGCCGAAAUAUUUACCGAAAUACUCGGAUACCUCCCCCCCGCCGCCUGCAAGUCCGCCCGCCUCACGUCCCGCCAGUUCAACGCCAUCCUCGCCGCGCCCACCUUUAGCCAGCUGCGCGCCUUUCUCGACCCCGACACGGCCAUGGCCACACUCUGUGGUACGUUGCACGACCUGCCCGCGCGCCCACGCGCCAUGUGGUCCCCCCACUGCAGCGUGCCCGAGGCGCUGCCGCUGCCCCGGAGCUUCCUGCGGGCCAUGUACACGGCGCUCGGCGGCCGACAACGGCCGUGGACACGCGCAACCCGGUCGCGGCUUGCGCUGGCGGAUUCUUCGUCGGAUGAGAGCGGCUCGGAGGAGAGCGAGACGGAGCUGCAGCCGGCGGACGGAGAGGAGGAAGAGGACGGGGACAUGAGCGCCGCGGUGAUGCUGCAGCGGCUGGGCAGGCCCGAGGUCAGCGAGCAGAUGCUAAGGCAGGCUUUGUUUCGCUAUGCGCUGUACAAGAGCUACGUAUACGACGGUGAGGGCGAGGCGCCGCAGCUAUGGGUGAUGAAUUCAACAAAGUGGAAGUACCAACUCUAA